AUGAAAAGUAAUGAAAAAAUCAACGCCAAAUUAAAGACUGAAGGCAGACUCAUCAUCAUCAUCAUCAUCAUUACAGCCCUUCACAAGUCCACUUGGGCGGUGCUGCAGUCCCUUCAGCGGUGCCAAGUUGACUGUCGGUAUAUCGAAGUGUUGAAGUGCUUGUACAGUAGGGCUACGAUGGCUAUCCGAGUACAGAACCAGAAUACGAAACCUAUCCAAUUGCAGAGAGGUGUAAGACAGGGUGACGUCAUAUCCCCGAAACUCUUCACCGCUGCAUUGGAAGACGUUUUCAAGCUUCUGGACUGGAAAGGAUACGGUAUCAACAUCAAUGGCGAGUACAUCACUCACCUUCGAUUUGCCGACGAUAUAGUCCUUAUGGCAGAAUCGCUGGAGGACCUAAGCACUAUGCUCAAUGACCUCAAUAGUGUUUCCCAACGGAUAGGUCUUAAGAUGAACAUGGACAAAACAAAGAUCAUGUUUAAUGUCCAUGUCACACCUAUGCCGGUAGUUGUUGGGAGCACUAAGCUCGAAGUUGUUGACGAGUAUGUUUACCUGGGACAAAUAGUCCGACUAGGUAAGUCCAACUUCGACCGAGAGGUCAAUCGACGGAUUCAACUCGGCUGGGCAGCGUUCGGGAAGCUACGACACAUCUUCUCGUCAGACAUACCUCAAAACCUUAAAACGAAAUUGUACAACCAGUGCGUGUUGCCAGUGAUGACUUACGGAACUGAGACGUGGUCCUUCACUGCUGGCCGUAUGAGGAAGCUCAAGGUCGCUCAGCGAGCUAUGGAGAGGGCUAUGCUCGGAGUUUCUCUGCGUGAUAAACUUAGGAAUGAGGAUAUCCGCAGUAGAACCAGAGUGACCGACAUAGCCCAACGGAUUAGUAAGCUGAAGUGGCAGUGGGCCGGCCAUAUAGCUCGAAGAACCGACAACCGAUGGGGAAGAAAGGUUCUCGAGUGGCAGCCUCGUACCGGUAGGCGAAGUGUAGGGCGUCCCCCCACGAGAUGGAGUGACGACCUGCUUAACGAUACUAAUAUAAUUAGACCCACCGCAGCCCCCGCUCCAGUAUGCAAAGUCAGACGAAAAUCGGAUGACGAAUGCAAGUGCGGAGGUCUAAAUCCAAUGGUAAUAUACGACGUAGGCUUUCAUGAAUGUGUGUGCGAGUGUGUUGGUAUGCCAGUCGCCUCUAGGCGCGCAAUAGAUGGGGGUGGGCAGCCCAAGAGGAUGGGGUAUAAAGGAAAACCAUUUACAUUUGAGCGAUUCGUCCAAUUUAAAAUUCCUACAAGAUAG